AUGAGAUAUUCCAUUUUUAUAUUUGCCAUUAUCACGUCUCUCUCCAAUAUUGUUUUAGGUGACUCUGAAACUUUUGGUAUAGUUGACACUAAUCCUCAUUCAACUCUUCAAGGAAAUAGUGUUGGUGAUAUCAAUGGUUAUGUUGCAUUCACCGCCGGUGAAAAUACCCUGGUUGCCGUUGUUACAGACCAAGGUAACUUAAAAUUCAAUAAUAGCAGAUAUGCUGUUCAUUUGGAAGACGGUACUUUUAAAACUGGUUCCGAAAGCGAUGCUUCUACUGGUUUCAGCAUUCACAAUGCGGCAUUGGAGUAUAAAGGAAGUGCUCUCUUUUAUGGUACUCCUCUUAAUAGAACAACAGUAUUAUCGACUAAAGCGAACAACAACAAUUCUUCUAUGGUUACGCUAGAUACAUUAAGUUCUACUGAUAUUCCUAUCGUUGACUUUAUUCCUGGAAAUAGCACAACUAACAAUACAACUAACAAUACAACUAACAACACAGCUAACAAUACAACUAACAAUACAGCUAACAAUACAACUAACAAUUCAACUAACAAUACUACGUCAAGUACUAGUUCUAGUUCUAGUGCGGUCUCUUCACACAGCUCAGAAAAUGGAGCAAUAACUCAUGCACCUGCUAUUUGGAUGGGUCUAUUAGCUUUACUAUUAUAG